ACCGAGAGGCGACACCUCGCUGCGUCCGCGGCUGCUAUCAGCGCGGAGCAGAUAACACGUCGAACAGCCGAUCGCCUCUCUGAUGCGUUUCUCUUUCUGCUUAAUGACAUUACCGUUCCUCUCACGCGCCCCACAGUCCGACCCCGCGUGUCCUCGCGCUAAUGCAGAUAAAAACGCGAAAACACAAUUUGAGAGGCGCAAUCAAGCUUAAUCAUGCGCCUCAUCAUUGUGCGCCAGCGCAAGAGUUUUUAUAAUCAUCUGCCACACUGAUCACAUUGUGAUAUUGCAAUUUUAAUAGGCUGCAGCGUCACUGAGGCCGCUCCGUGCGCACUGGAAACCCGACGUUCAAUUGGUGGAAGCAGGAGGGGAGCCCCGGCCUUUUCCACUGCAGGAGGAGCACAGUUGAGGAAACCGAGGCAGAGACGGACGCCGCUGCCAAGACGGCAGGAGCAGCCUGCGCAGUUUCGAAAACGGCACAGCCUCCUCUGCUGCACGGCAUGAGGGACUUCAGCCAAACUGCGCACCGACUCUGCAGGAUGCAGCGCUGCAGCCGCGUAGUUUGUUAGACGCAGGCAUACGCAAGCUGGUUCCGGACCUGUGCAGGAAUUUGACAGAAGAAUUAGGCCGAACCGGCCGCUGACAGCGGCUGCGACAUUUGGUUCCCCCCGCUGAGAGUUGAUCAUCCCUCCCCUCCGGAGAGCCCUGCGCUGUGGCCUUGUAGCGGACAUGGGAAAUGUAAACAGUGGUCGGGCUGGAUUUUAAACUACGCACACGUCCCACGUCCUCCUCCCGCCUCCUCCUCCUCCCGGGGCGUCCGAGAUGGAGAUGGAGACGGAGAGGGUCGAGCCGGAGCAGGAGGGAGACGCGGAGCCGCCCAUGCACAGCGUCCACGGAACCAACCGGAUCAGACCGUCCUCCUACCGGGCCCUGCGCAGCGCCGUGUCCAGCCUGGCCCGUCUAGAUGACUUCAGCUGCGAGAAGAUCGGCGCGGGGUUCUUCUCCGAAGUGUUCAAGGUGCAGCACCGUGUGUCAGGUCAGGUAAUGGCUCUGAAGAUGAACAUCCUGGCCAGUAACAGAGCCAACAUGCUCAGGGAGGUCCAGCUCAUGAACCGACUAUCACACCCCAACAUACUCAGGUUUAUAGGAGUGUGUGUCCAUGAGGGGCAGCUCCACGCUCUCACAGAGUACAUCAACGGCGGGAACUUGGAGCAGCUGUUAGGCAGCGACGUGUACCUGUCGUGGAGCGUGCGGCUCAGCCUGGCCCUGGACAUCGCCCGGGGACUGCAGUACCUGCACAGCAAGGGCAUCUUCCACAGGGACCUCACCUCCAAGAACUGCCUGGUGCGCUGGGAGGGCUGCGUGUGCUCGGCCGUGGUGGGAGACUUUGGCCUGGCGGAGAAAAUCCCAGAUUACAGUGAGGAAGAAGACCAGGAACCUCUGGCUGUGGUUGGCUCCCCCUACUGGAUGGCCCCGGAGGUGCUCAGAGGAGAGGUGUAUAAUGAGAAGGUGGACGUGUUUGCAUAUGGGAUCAUCCUGUGUGAGGUUAUUGCGAGGAUACAGGCCGACCCCGACAUCCUGCCACGCACUGAGGACUUUGGGCUGGAUGUGGAGGCCUUUCAGCAGAUGGUGGGAGAUUGUCCUCCUGACUUCCUGGAAUUGGCCAUCGCCUGCUGCAAUAUGAAAGCAAAGGUCCGUCCAUCCUUCUCCCAAAUCGUAGUGGAGCUGGAGAGGAGACAAGCUGAGAGGAAACAGAGGGAUGAACCAACAGUCAAAGCUGUUAGUCCAGCGAUUGGCUCUCUCCGAAGGCGAUCCCUCUGCCUCCCUUCAGAUCCUCGCCUCUCCCGGAGCAAAUCCGACGUGCUCCACCCCCAAGACAUGCCCCCUUCUGUUACAUUGGCAACGCCUGCCAGGGUCAACCCCUUCUCUCGCAGGGAGGACCUCAAGGGUGGCAAGAUCAAGCUGUUCGACACUCCCAGCAAGUCUGUCAUCUCCCUCACCUUCACCCUGCCCCCACCACCAGACUGCGACAGCCCCUCAGCGUCCGAGACGGACAGCGGUGAACAACCCAGGAGGCACAGGCGCUGCCACUCACUGCCGUGCACGCCUCCUCCGCACCUCACAUCAGCGCCGAACACUGUCCUCACCGAGGAGGAGUCCCCAUCUGAGGUAGACACUGUAAACGGUGAAGUAAGUGGAACGGGUGAGGAAGAGAAACUGUUAGGAGUUGAGAAGAUCAGGAAGGAGAGUGAUUCAGGUCUUCCUCUGUCCCUUGAACCCCUGUCGCUGGACCUGCUGGACCAAGAGAAGGAGGAUGAGGAUGAAGAGGACGAGGAGAGAGAGGGGGAGGAGGAGCCCAUGGACUGCACCAGCUCCCCAGACACUCAAGACAGCUCUCCUUACUCCAAACUCUCCCCGCCUCCGUCCCACUCCUCAACUCCCCUGCAACCCUCCACCCCACCCUUCUCAAACGGCUGGGGUUCGGCCAUCUCCAACGGGCCCCCAUGCCUGCCUCCCCUUUCUAGUCUGGACAACAACAAUGUGGUCGUGAGUCGACCCUUAGGGUGGCACGCCACCACCACCACUGCUCCCACCACAACCAACAACAAUGGCUACCACUCCCCUCCCAGCGACCCUGCUGGUUCGUCCCCAUUCGGCUCUGGCAGUGGACACUCUAUGGACCAGGAGGAGGUGAUCUCCUGUCCUGGAUGCUGCCUUGCCGGCCUUCGCUUCCCCUCAAUGUGUCUCAGAGCUCCACCCCGCAGAAACCCCUACAAGAACUUGAACGGGGACCAUGCAGCCUCACGUGGGCUGCUUUGUCCAGGACCCAAGGGCCUGCCGCCCUCGCCUACCCCCACAACCAACACCACCAGCCUCGAGCCGGGACUCUCCUUGCCAGGGGCACAGACAUAAACUCCAUCUUCUAAACACCAAAUACACACAGAAAAGAUGUGUGGAAACUCUGCACCAAAAGCUCUUCACUGGAAAUUAAGCGGGUCUUCUUAGAAUUUGCACAGAUUUUAAUUCAGCAAUACCCUGCUUAUUUUCCAGACACACUUUUUGGUGCAGAUCAGGCUCUUGAGUGUCCAGAUUGGUUUACUAGAACACACUCCAGGCUGACUUUCUUCAUGCAAACUGUGGGGCAAGAAACUCGUGUCUUUGCUGGCAACUUGUUGCAUGUCACCCUCUGCUGGGCUGAGGGUGGCACAACUUAAAAUGUCGGCAGUGCCUGCGUAUAUGUGACUGAUGAUCAGCAGCUUUCAGAACUGUUCAGCAUGUAAACACUCCUGUUUGGGACCCAGUUGGUUAGAUCCUGUAUAUUCGCAGAUGUAAAGAUUCUUAUGAUUGAUGAUAUUGAUGAUGCUGAAAUGAGGAAUGAUAAGCUUAGUAUUACUGCUGCGAUGAUUUUUGAUGUUUGGUGCUGUUUUCAAAUGAACAGGCAGUUUUGCUUUAAUGUCUUUAAUUAUCAAAAGGUGUAUGGUUCACUGCAGGGCUGAGUGUGUUUGUGUGUAGCAUGGAUUUCAGUGUGAGAGGCUGAGGUGUGUGUGUGUGUGUCUGAGAGAGAGAGAGAGGAAGGGUAAGAGAGUGUGGGCUGUACACCAUUCUUUUGUUGCUGUAUGAUCUCUGUUGGCCCUUCUGGUUGCCUGGUUUAAGCACUUCAUCUGUAUUACUGUUAAUAAGGAAACUAUGAUGUCAUUAUUACUUUUGGGAAUGAAUGGUCAAAGACCUGCUUAAGAGAUGUACAGAUUCGUAUUAUUUAAAGAUGGCAUUGAAUAAAAAGAGAAAAUGUGAUGAUGUUCUCCUGA